AUGCUACGAGGGGGCAAAGGUGGUGGCAACAACCCGCUGCAUGAGGCCCUUUUUAGCAGCAUCAUGGCGGGGGGCAAUGCGGGGCAUGAGGGCUCCUCUGGCGACGUGUUGGCGUUGUCGCAGUUGGAGACCCUCGCGGACAUGCUAGGAGUCUCACUCGACGACAGUUCCAUGUAUCGUCUCGCGUGGAGCUGGUCCUGCCAGAGACCGCUUAGCGUCACAAAGGCUGAAUUCAUGAAGGGUGUGAAGAUGCUAGAGGCGUCCCCGAGAAGAGCGAAAGCAGACGUGCUCACGCGGAAUUCAUCCGUAAAGGCACCGAGUCCGGAGUUUGAGCCGUGCCUUUGUCUAGUGCGGUCCCACUUGGACGAAGUGGACGAGUUGCUACACAAAGACUCUCAACAAUUCAGGCAGUUCUACCGCUUCAUGUUUGGAUGGGUGCGGGCGCCCGAAACCACGGCCCGGGGUCUGGGCGAGGUGGGGAUGAAUGUAGAGACAGCUGUGGAGUUGUGGCGAAUGCUGUUCCCUGAAUAUAAAACGUUUCUACAGCUUGAGGAGUGGAUAACAUUUUGCACAACCAAGGAACUCUUUCGCCGCGACGCCAUUAGUCGCGAUCUUUGGGAGCAGCUCUUGGAGUUUACGUCCUUAACUCGCUAUGACACAUACGACGUCAACGAUGCCUGGCCUAGCGCCAUUGACGACUUUGUGGAGUAUUACAAGACCCAGCGCCAAACGUCUGAGGGAGGGAGUUGA